AUAAAAUUUUAUUUAACAUCCGCAAGCCAUACGGCAUCUACAUAGAUAAAGAAAGUUUAAUCACACAGAUAAGGAUUUACAACCAUUCAUAAUACACAUUAAAAAUGGUAUAAAGCUACAUAAAGGUGGGACACAUAGGAGAGCAACCACAACUGAAAGAGUUAGCAAUUUAUUGAGCUACUCUUUUGGUCAGACACUCCAAUGUUAGUUGUCAUCUUUCCAUCUACCCUUCAAGUCCAACACCAACUUUGUCGAUACGGCCAGAACUGAACAUCCCAGACUAUUUGAAACCCAGAGAGAAUUUCUCCUUUUCCCUUCUGUUUUUUUUCUCCAUCUCCCAAUUCAUAAGAGAGGCAAGUAAACGAAAAUCAGAGACUAUGGAAUGGGUGAAAGGAAGAGAGAGGGAGAAGGUGAGAGCAAGGAGUGGGGAAUUUACAGAACAAGAGGAAAGAAAAAGGGAUGAGAAAGCAAGAGGUAAAGGGAAAAGAUAGAGGAAGAAGUAGAGGGAAUUUGCAGGGAAACGUGACUCAAAGGGUGAUGAUAGGUGAGAAGAAAGAACUGGAACAUAAAUAUCACCAAAAGAUGUUUGAAUCAGUACAUAGGAUCUUCCGUGAAAAUAAAAUUGGCAAGUAUAUGACAGUUACAGAGCAGCCAAAACCCCAAAUUAAUAAUGAAAUCGUGUGAGACUUCUGUGAAAAAUUUUAGCGCAUAGUAAACUAAAAAGAAAGAAAGUACGGUACACGUAAUAUAGUUCCACGAUGGUGAUUUUGUCAAAGAACAGUCUAAUCUUGGGUAUGAUCUCGCCUUAUUAACCACAGCACUCUUAACUAUUGAAUUAGAUAAUUCAAAAAUUUUAAUAUUCAUCUCCUAAUUUUUCUUUUAUGAUAUGUUUUGGUAUAUAGAAAGUUAUAAACUAAUGUUUUAAGUCCUAUUUCUUUUUAUUUCAGUAUGAAAACUAUUAUUGAACGCUACAACAAACUGAAAGAGGAUCAACAACUACUGAAUCCUGAAUCUGAAGUCAAGGUAAAUAUUGUCAGAACUGUAUUCCAUGUCAUAUCAUUGAUUGAACACCAUUUUCAGAGUCCAAUGUUGUAUGGCAAAGAGCUUGUUAUUACAGAAUCUUACAUGCAUAAUGAAAAAUUGAAAAAACA